UGUUUCUUGCCUCCAUCUGGACCACAAGGCUCCUGGUCCAAGGCUCUCUCCGCACAGAAGGAACUUCUGAGUAAGCCUGCCCCCCAAUGGUCAGAGAAGGUUCACUUUCUAUUAUACCAAGUGCAACAUUUUUCAGCCCAUCUCAGAAAUAGUGCUGUCCCCAACAGACAUUGGAGUAUUGUUCGCUAUUCUGUUAACCAGAGCCCUGGAUUCUGUCUUUCUCAAAGUCUCAGACCCUUCAUUUUAUAGACUCCAUAAAGGUUUGCAGAAACUGCAUCCCCUAGACCGCACCCCAGGAACUGGUAGCCAAAGCCUCCACGUAAUGAACAAGGAACCUGAUUGCAGUGAGGGACGAUGGACUCAGACCUGGUGAGAGGUACAGCAUGGAUCCGGGCGAGCACCUACCUAACCCAGCAGGAUGUCCUUGUGGAAAAUGUCUGGUCUGUGUCCUAUUAUUUCUAAACUUCAAUCCCAGCUGCUGCGUUGAGGCAAUGAUGCUCUACUAGGAAGGAAAGCCUGAGGGCUAGGGGCAAGGACAGCAGCACACUGAGGGCCUAUGUGAUUCCUUUGCAGAGCUUUCCAUCUCAGGACCAUGCAGAAUCAUGGGGGUCACUCUUGUGAACAAAAGGACACACCCGCAACUGAAUUUCACAGAAGCCCAGGAGGCCUGUAGGCUCGUAGGACUGACUCUGGCCAGCAAAGAGCAGGUUGAAGCAGCAUGGAAAUCUGGCUUUGAGACCUGCAGCUAUGGAUGGGUUAAAAAUCAGUUCGUGGUCAUCCCUCGGAUUAUCCAGAACCCCAAGUGUGGGAAGAACGGGGUGGGCGUCCUGAUUUGGAGAAGUUCACUCAACCAGCGGCACAGGGCCUACUGUUACAACUCAUCUGAUACCUGGGUUAACUCAUGCUUUCCAGAAAUUAUCACCACCGAUUAUCCCAUAUUCAACACGGAAACUGCAACAUACACAACAGAAAUGAUUGUCGGUGAGAGUACACACUCAGCGAUGUCUACUGAUGGACCUGAGUCUAUUACACCCACUGUGGCUCCUGCUCUGGCUUCCACUUCUAUUCCACGGAAAAGAAAAUUAAUUUGCAUAACGGAAGCUUUUAUGGAAACGAGCACCAUAUCUACAGAAACUGAAUCGUAUAUUGAAAAUAAAGCGGCAUUCAAGAAUGAACCUGUUGGGUUUGGAGGUGUUCCCACGACCCUGCUGGUGCUUGCACUCCUCUUCUUUGCUGCUGCAGCUGGCCUCGCGGUUUGCUACAUCAAAAGGUAUGUGAAGGCCUUCCCUUUUACAAACAAGAACCAGCAGAAGGAAAUGAUAGAAACUAAAGUAGUGAAGGAGGAGAAGGCCGAUGAUAGCAACCCUAAUGAGGAAUCAAAGAAAAUGGAUAAAAAACCCGAGGAGCCCAAGAGUCAACCCAAAACCACAGUGCGAUGCCUGGAAGCUGAAGUUUAGAUGGAAGCUGAAAGAAAUAAGAGGACACACCUGAGGUUGUUUUCCUUCCUGAUACACAUCCUGGUCCCAGAUGGGGUGCCUAUAAAAGGUCCAAAGAACCAAACAAGCAAGUCUACCCUUGGUCCCUAACUAGAGUCAGCUCAGGGCUACCUUUGGACUCUGGAGUUCACUAAAGGGAAUUCCCUUUUCCUUAUUGCAAUCCUUUCUGGAUCCUACCCUCCUACCUCCAAAGCUUCCCACAACCUUUCUAGCCUGGUUAUGUGCUAAUAAUAUCCCGGUGGGAGAAAGGAGCUUGUGCAAAGCACCUGGACCUCAAACAGCUAAUCAGAACAUGUUUGUCAAGAGGCCUUUAGGCUGCCUGAGAAUAGGUGAGCUGAGAGCCAAGAAACCAUUGAGAUCAAGGCUUUGUCUAUUGAUUGACUCUACAGCCCAGAUCCUUUCUUCAGCUCUGAAAAGGAAACACUUAUACCAUCUGGCAUGUCCUUCUGAGCCAGGCAAGAGAAAAAGAAGGAAGGAAAAGUUUAGCAACUGAAGGACAUGGAGAUUCCCGUGACUUGAGACCUAAUCUCUGUAAAACCAAAAUAAAUAGAGAAGAAGAAUAAGGUUGAGGAUAUUAACAGCAUUUGUCAGUAGGGACUGUAAAUACAGACAGGGUCAAAGUGUUCAUCUCUGAAUAAUUCUAGUUGGAAUCACUUUUUAGAACUUAUACACACUUACUUUUCUCUCUCUCUCCUGCUGCUGCUAUUUUCUCUAGAAGAACAUACUUUCUAGGGAAAAGAAAGUAUAUUCUUUUCUCCCCUAAAAAAAAAUCUCUUAAAAAUUUCCAUUUUUAUCAAGUUAUAGAAAUUAUUACUGAAUAAAAUUACUGUGUUAAAAAGCAGUAAAAUUUAGUAAACAUUUGCUGAAUGCCUACUAUAUGUCAGGUACUGUGCAAGUUAUUACAUUCUACAAUUGAAGAUUAUUAAUAAAAAAUUGCAUAUAGUAGAAUGUAUGAAGCUAAUUUUUUUCAGUGUUGAUAUCCCCAGCUUUCCACUUCCAAAACCAAUUAUUUUUUUGCUGAGACUAAUCUACUCAUUAUUUUCUCGUGAAUAUGGCAACAAUUAUAGCCUUAAUUUAUUAUUAACAUACCUUAAAAGUACAUCAUUACCUCUAUACACCAAAAUACAUUUUUAGAUGUCAUUACCAAAUGUAUCACUAGCUCUCCUUUUUCCAGCAAAAGGAGUCUGAGAGGUACAGAAAUAUUUGUGCUGAAAAAAUAAAAGCAUUU